AUGAAAGAGGAGGCCCGCUUAAAGGCGCGGUCAAGCUAUGUCAAACCGCUGCUGACGGAGGUCAACAUGGUCGCACGUGUGGAGCACUGCCUCCGGUUCCUCCGGGUGAUGCCUGGUGGUGGUCGUGUGUUUGAAAACAUGCAUGACUAUGUACACGUAGAUGAAAAGUGGUUCUUUUUGACCAAAGUGAACCGACGCUUUUACGUGUACGACGACGAGGAGCUCGCCCUGCGCUCCGUGAAGUCCAAGAGGUUCAUCACGAAAGUGAUGUUUCUUGCCGCCGUCGCCCGACCACGUUACGACCACCACGCGAAGAAGGAGUUCGACGGCAAGAUUGGAAUCUGGCCAUUUGUGGAGCACACCUUGGCCAAGCGUACAAGCAAGAACCGAGCUCGCGGCGCCCCUGUCAUCACACCACAGACAGUUGACUCCGGCGUCUACCAAGCUGCCAUUUUGGACAAGGCCACCCCAGCCAUCAAGGCGAAGUUCCCUCGGACAUCUCAGAGCAGUGAGAUUUAUAUCCAGCAGGACAAUGCGAGUCCCCACCGCUGUGUCACCACUGCGCUGAUGCUGUCAAUGGGCAUUCAAGGUAUUUCGAUCGCGAACCAGCCACCAAAUAGUCCAGACUUCGACGUGUUAGAUUUAGGAUAA